AUGGCAGGGAGACAUCAGAAUCGUAGUUUUCCUCUUCCAGGAGUUCAUUCAAGUGGUCAAGUACAUGCAUUUGGAAAUUGUACAGACACUGACAUGUUGGAGGAGGAUGCCGAAGUGUAUGAGCUUCGAUCCAGAGGAAAAGAGAAAAUCCGAAGAAGUACAUCAAGAGACAGACUUGAUGACAUUAUAGUAUUAACAAAAGAUAUACAGGAAGGAGAUACUUUAAAUGCAAUAGCCCUUCAGUACUGUUGUACGGUAGCAGAUAUCAAGAGGGUUAAUAAUCUCAUCAGCGAUCAAGACUUUUUUGCCCUUAGGUCUAUCAAAAUUCCAGUUAAAAAGUUUAGUUCAUUGACUGAAACACUUUAUCCUCCAAAAGGAAGACAGGCUUCACGUCCGUCAUCUGUCCAGUAUGUUCCAGAACAACAGGAAAUUUUGCCACCUAAUGAUUCUCUUUCUUCCAGUGAGUCAGCUGGUAGCUUUUUAAAAGAAGUAGACCGAGAUAUAGAACAAAUAGUAAAAUGUACAGACACCAAAAGAGAGAACCUUAAUGAGGUGGUAUCUGCUUUAACAGCACAACAAAUACGUUUUGAACCUGAUAACAAAAACAUUCAACGUAAGGAUCCUUAUUAUGGAGCAGACUGGGGAAUAGGGUGGUGGACAGCCGUAGUGAUAAUGUUGAUAGUAGGUAUAAUAACGCCAGUAUUUUAUUUGCUGUAUUAUGAAAUUUUAGCUAAAGUGGAUGUUAGUCAUCAUUCAACAGUGGAUUCCUCCUCACAUUUGCAUUCAGGAGUCACACCCCCAUCACAACAGAGAGAAAUGGAAAAUGGAAUUGGUCCAACUAAGGGAAUACCCUUUGGCCAACAUGAUCAUAAACUAUAUAGUCAAGAUUCUCAGUCACCUGCUGCUCAACACAAAACAUAG